UAAAUAAAAUAAAAACAUUUUUUAUAAGUUUCAGUUAUCAAGCUCAUCAGAAAUAAAAAACCAGCUUAAAAGUGCACUUGGAUCAAACGUAAACAAUGAUCUUGAAGCUUGCUUGACUGAAAAUGAUAUGACUAGAGAUGAUGCCUACAACGAAGAAGACAUAAUAAAUAACUUACAUGUGAAACCUGAAAAUGCAGAGAGAACAAGAAAAAAUGGCUGCUGGAUUGCGUGUAUCUUCAAGAAACUAAAUUUAAUGGAAGGAACAAACAUUAAUGAAGCUCAAGUUUAUGCAAAAUUAAAUGAAAAAAUGAAUGAUGGUCCUGAACUAGCCAUAGCACACAAAAUUGCGCAUAAAUGCAUAAAAAAAGCGAACAGUAUUACUCAAGAAUGUGAGAAAGGUUGGUCUCUGAACGUGUGCAUCGCAAAAGCUAUACAUAAAUUAGAGCAACAUAAUGAACAUGACUUAGACCCAGAUACAGAAGACGAAGCAGUAACAGAAGCAGUAACAGAACAAGCUGAAUAAAUACAAAUAAAUGUAAAAAUUGAAUAUCACUCGUAUAAUUAUUAAUACACAUUUAUAAUACACACACAAUAUAAUUUACCUUAAAUAAAUAGAUAUAUAUACGCUCUUGUAUGUACUUUUUCCACUCUUAUUUUUUUGAUUUAAUAAAUAUGCUGCAAAUAUGAGAA